ACAACACAUACACCACAACGGGCUCUGAGGAGGGAGGAAGACAGGCGAGGAAGCGGGCGGGAUUAUUAUGGGCUGUGGGUGCCGCUGAGCAAAGAUGGAGCUGUCUGCAGUGGGUGAGCGGGUCUUCGCGGCCGAAUCCAUCAUCAAACGACGGAUCCGAAAGGGACGUAUCGAAUACUUGGUGAAAUGGAAAGGCUGGGCCAUCAAGUACAGCACUUGGGAACCUGAAGAGAACAUCCUCGAUUCCCGUCUGAUUGCUGCUUUUGAGCAAAAAGAGCGCGAGCGUGAGUUGUACGGACCUAAGAAGAGAGGACCCAAGCCUAAAACUUUCCUGCUGAAGGCUCGGGCCCAAGCGGAGGCCCUACAUAUUGGGGAUGUACAUUUUUCUGUCAAGCCUGGUUCUAGCACAUCCUCACCAAAGCUUCACUCUAGUGCUGCAGUGCACCGGCUGAAGAAGGACAUCCGGCGAUGCCACCGUAUGUCCCGGCGCCCAUUGCCACGCCCCGAUCCCCAGAACAGUGGUGUGGGUGGAGGCACUGGCAUACGUCCCCCUGUCUCUCCCUUCUCGGAGACCGUCCGCAUCAUCAACCGCAAAGUGAAGCCUCGUGAGCCCAAACGCAGUCGAAUCAUUCUCAACCUGAAGGUCAUUGAUAAAGGUGGGAAGACAACAAGUGGUGGAGGAAGCUUGGCACGGCCCAAGAUACCCUCACGAAACCGUGUGAUUGGCAAAAGCAAGAAGUUCAGUGAGAGCAUGCUUCGCAACCAAAUCCGACACAUGAAAUUUGGAAGCUUUCCUCUGUACAACAAGCCAUCUGCUCCGACUCCGUCUUUGGAGGGGAAGACAGAGGCAGGAGGCUCUCAAGGUGCCUCAUGUGGGAUCAUGGGCUCUGCUGCCUAUGACACACGCAGUUCCAGUUCCUCUGACUGCCCUUCACCAGCGCCACACUCCUCAUCUGAUCCAGAUGAUUCCCCACCUAAGCUGCUUCCUGAGACACUAAGUCCUGCCAUUCCUGACUGGCGUGAGUCAGAGGUCCUUGAUCUGUCAAUUCCACCUGAGUCAGCAGCCACCAGCAAGCGGUCUCCUUCAGGGGGAAGUGGAGGGGGUCAAAUGCCAUCCUCUCCAUCUUCUUCUGACCCAGAGCAGGAGGCUGGUGAUUGGCGCCCUGAAAUGUCCCCUUGCUCUAAUGUGGUGGUCACUGAUGUCACCAGCAACCUCUUAACAGUCACCAUCAAGGAAUUCUGCAAUGCUGAGGAUUUUGAGAAGGUUGCAGCAGCUGGAGGUGGUGGAGGCACCGGCAAAUGAUAGGCUCUUUCACUAGGGUUGAGGGAGGGGGAUGGGACAGGGAGGCUCUACUGCAAGAUCAUGCAUGGUGUGAAUGCCUGUUUUCUCCUAUCUCUUUCUUCUCAUCUGUUCUUUCUCCUUUUUUGCUAGGAAAUUGAGAUGGUAGAAGAGCAAUGGGAAUAGAUAUGUUUGAAAUUCCCAAACAAAACAGCUGCUAAGGAUUAUGAUGGGACACAUCUUUUCCCCUUUUGUUUUCAAGUGUUCCAUCAUGCUGACUUUUGAGUCCCAUGAAUAAGAACUUCAGUGGCUGAGUGGAGAUAUUUAGCAGAAGAUGGAUAUAUUUUGCCAUCCCAUUUAAUGAAACAGGGAAGUCCUUUGACCAAACACAUAUGCAGGGUCAUUGUUCCCUGUUUUAUAUUUCUCUGCAAUUAUAAUCUUUCUCACCUUUCUCUUACAUCUGUCAUUUGAGUAAGAUGGCAAGCAUUGCAUAUACCACAGGAAAAAGCAGAUUUGAGGGCAAAAAGUAAGAACAAAAGAGUAGAUCACUGUGGUUAGGUGCUACUGAAUUGUGGGGGGAUUCAUUUGUUAUAAUCCUAUGGUGCGCUCCAGUUACUUUUUCACCUUACAUAAUAUUAGAGGUGCUAACUUGGCUAUUAUGAUAGCACUUUUCAACAGCCUGGGUGCAUUUUCUCCCCUUUCCAUCUGUCUUGAGCUGUCUUUGUCAGUCCUGGUUCAAGCACAUCCUUAGCAUAUGGGUUGGGCGUGUGAUUUAAGCUUCUUCCCCUUUAAUUGUGCUCUCAGCCUUGCCCUGUCUUUGCCUGCCAUUCCUUCUGCUUCUUUACACUGAGGCACAUGGGUUUGCUUCCUGAAAUCUAGUAGUGGUGAAAAGGAGAGUAACUCCUCAUCUGUCCUUCACUGUGGGAGUGAUGGAAAUGUGUGGAAGGAUGAAGCCUUAUUUUGUUUUGAUGAACAUAAAUCCAUUUAAAGUGGGGUGGUUAAAAAUGUGUGCAUUUCCCCCAUCAACAUCUCUUACUAGGUGAGUAAGAUAGAACAACAUUAAUAUCUGCAGUUCCCAGGAUUUCAAGCUGCCUCUACAGUUGCCAACCAAAGGUGCUCAGAAGCUGUUGUAAAAUUUCAAUAUUUUUCUCUUGGAUCUUGGUGUGUAUGCGUGUCAUGCAUGUACAGCGUAUGUUCACCUCUCCCUCCCAUCCUCUUACCCACAGCACCUUGCUUUUCAUGAAAUUAUUCCAGUUGAAACCUUUAACAUCUUGCCUUGAAAGCAAGUUAAAAAUGUGGCUAUUUUCACUAUCUCCUUCCACCACCCAUAGUGUUAAUAAUCAUGAACUCAUCUGCAGCUGAUAUCCAGGGUUCACAGCAUAAGUAAAACCAUUUCUACAAGCUUCUGCUUCAUAUUAUGUUCCAGCCUUGUUGCAACCUUCUCUUCCCCCUCCUGUGUGCCUCUGUUUUGUUAACUGGUGGCACCUGUGUGUGUGUGUGUGUGUGGUGUAUACUGUUGCCUGUCAUUCUGUUUGUAAACUUUGUUACCCUGUGGGGGAAGGGGUACGCUUGAGGUAAUAAUUCUAAGGGCUUGUCUGCAUGCUACACUGUCACUGAAAUGACUAAAUCCAAUUUUUAAUGGCAUCUCUCUUUCCUGUAUUCCUGUUAACAACUUUCUACCUUUCAAGGGCUUGCUUUGUGUACUUUCGUUUUCAUUUUUGUUUGAUUUACUUGUUCUUUACCUUGAGUUAAUUAUUUAUCAGUACAUGUAAAGGUUGGUGCUGCAAUUACUGUGGUUUUCAAUCCUUGACUGAGAGUUUUUUUCUUAAAGUGAGGUGCUUUGACCCUAGUCUCUUACAUUAGGAAGGACUCCUCCCUUUUGUUUUGUAAGCUGCCCCACCUUUCUUCAUUGGCUUGCAAAGUUCUACUUGACUUUAUCUUGCUUAAUAAGACACCAGGACUUUGCCAAGUACAGGAUAGAGAGAUGAUGUGUAGUAAUACCUUAUUAAUAAUCUUAAAUAUGAGUGUCUGUAUGUAGAGAUGCCUACCAAAAUCAAAAUGUGUAAUGUUAAACUGUGUGAUUGUCUGUGACAGCUUGGGUGUAGUCCGUAUCUAAGACAUGAGAUUCAAAAUGUUGCUAUUCCUUUAUCUUACCAUGCAAUACCUUUUGUGUCUUCUUACAAAACUCUUUCAAAACCAGUGAAAUCUAGACGGUGUGCAGGGUUAUGAACCUUCACAUGCCUCCCACUGAUGUUUGAGUCCAAGGCUUUCUGUAAUUCCACAGGUGCAUGCUUUGGAAUAGCUCUUUGUUGUUUUUAUGAGUUAAGUAAAACUGUAUCAUUGCUUUGCCUCAGAAAAAGUGGGAGGCUUUUUUUCAUGGGAAUUAGUUUUAAUGGCUGUAGCUUCAAAGGUGGGUGGGCUGGGUGCGGGUAGAGAUGUAUAACGGGUUCAGCAGGGAGACUUGUAUUAAAGAGACUUUAAAGGAGAAAAAAUAGAAGAAAUAUUUUAUGAAGCUGCAACAGAGGAACUAUUAUAAUGGGUGGGUGCAUACUAGUCAAUCGUGUUUUAAGAUUGCUGGGUAUGUUUGUGUGGCAUUUUGGUUUGAAUUUUGUCUAAUAUUUAAAAAAAGGUUGAUGGGCGGUUUGAAAGGGAAUUUUAAUAGGAAAAUGUUCUAUGAUUGUAGCACAUGUUCCCUUGGCUUAUUUGUCCUUCCCCCAUCAGUGGCUUAUUUUUUGUCACCUUGGUUUCUGUGAGUUUCCACUGAGUAGGGCAUUUGCCUUCCUUAAAUAUGUUGUGCAAAAUUGUAGUCUUUUAGAAGCUGUCUGGCUUAAUAUAAAGUACCUCCAAGGGCAUCAGGUUGACUUGUUUGUUUGUCUGUUCUGUCAGUGACAGAAGAAGGCUAGGUCAGGGCACUAGGUUUGUUGGAUUUUUUUCCAGCAGAAACAACAAGAUCUCCACUUACCAGAAGUAGUGGGUUGGGGGUGUACAGAGGACAGCUUCACACAUUAUGGUAAGGACAAUUGCACAGCGGUUUUUUAUUACCCCUUCAGCAUGAAGGUAAGAGAGGCAUACCUCUUUUCUGGGCAGUAAAACUUUAAAUGCAUGCCCAGGAGGUAUAUUUUUGCCAUUAUUCCAGAGUGUAUAUUUACCACGUGUCUUUAGAUGUGCAGCUUCCUCAGUAUUUUUGUGUUCUAGUAUGAUACAUAAUGAACAAAUAGGAAUUUAUUUUUGCUAUAAUCUGUGAAGCAGCCGGAAUGUGGAGUGGAUUAAAGCCUUAGACUAUGGCUGGGCAAAUUGCAGCCCUCUUGCUGACCUCCAGUUCCCAAUGGCUUUUGCCAGCAUAGCCAGUGACAAGGAAUGUGACUAACUGGAGUCCAACCACAUCUUGAGGGACACACGUCACCCACUUACCUCAGGCCAGUGGGACUCAAAUUGCAAGCAUCUGUUUCUGAAUCCAAAGUGUGUGUUCAAAUAACAGCUCCUCCAUUGCUGUGGUGCCAAUAUAGGAAGUGGCAUCAGACAAAUUGUACUAUAGCAUCUUAAGUUGUGUGCAGAUGAGGACUGGUGGUGUGCCACAUUGUUGAUACUUUGGUCUACUUGGAAUGGUAAUCAUCAGAGUGGCAUUGAAAACCUCGACCUGGCUCAUAGCUGGUGGGUGCUGAUUCAAUUACAGCCAACACUCAGAUUUUUCAUCUGGAGGUACCCCAAAGGGUUUCCUCGGGGAGGAGGAGAAAAGUUGACAGCAAAGCCAUUCUGGUUGACACACAGUAGCCAGUUGAGUGGAGCAGAGUCUGAUGUUGUACUUGGUGGCUGGUUGCAGACGUGUUGUCCCUUCUGUCUCCUUACAGCUUCAUCUCUUAAGAAGCCCAGGCUUGGGUUGUGGACUGGAGGAACUGUUUCACAGAGAUUUGAGUUUGCAUAGCAUCAAGAGCCACUCUGAUGCACAGACAAGCCUGGUCACUUGGUUGUGAUAUCAACCACUCAUUUUGGCAGCUCCUUCCCCUGAAGAACUUACUGGGGAGUUAGGAUUAUACUGGCUAAGUAGCUCAUUUUCUCCCAAGGAUUUAAAUAUUUCCCCAACACAAAUCCAGAAGGAACUGUUGUUAAAGGGAGAGGAUGUUAAAGGUGUACAUCCUUGGAAUGUAGGCGGUGUUGUUUCCUGUCAUGGAACUUUCCCACUUGUUUGGCAUGCACUCUCAGGAAGCAAAUUUAUAUUGAUUAGUGGCAGCCCUGGCCUCUGACACAAUUUAGCCACUAGAGGGUGAUGGAGAACUACUUAAUGGUUGACCUAUUCUUCAUUGCCUUGAAUCUUAUCAAUUCUUUGUUGUGAUUAAGAGGAUAAAAGACAUUCUAUAGACACAUUUUCAUUGAGGAUGGCAUUUGAAUGAGGGAGGAGGGAUUAUUAUUUGUGUCUGUGCCAUGUUUUUUGGUCCUUUUUGUUCUUAGACAGGAGUGUUUGAUGAAAAUGGGGGAGGGGGAGGAAAGGAAAGACUAGUUUUGCAAAAAAAAAGAAAAAAGGAAAAGUUUUUUUAAAAAGGGUAAUGAGAUUUUUACAGAGAGAAGAGGAUAGAGAAUUUAAAAAAUAUUAAAUGCAGUGAUUGCACAAACUGUAGUGAUAUUAGCUGGUCUUUAAAGAAGAGAGUAUUUUUAGUAUUUGUGUGUGUUAGAGAGAACAGUGUUCAGAUAAUUCAGACUGGGUAGGAAAAAUCAAAGUGUGAAAAGAGCAGCAGCUGGUGGAAGCAAAUCCAUAUCCUAGAAAAAUAUUUUUCUUUAUUACCUUGAAGUAGGGAGAGAAUGCCUUCUUUCCUUUCGCCAUGGAUAAGAUAGCACCAGAGUUUAGCCUUUUCUGACAAGUCUUUGCCAGAUAGACUGUGUGGUAUUCUGUUAUUAACCUGUUGUACAAGUUAGCCUAGUCCCCAAGAUGACCUACUGAGGUGAUACCUACUGAACUGAAUAGGACAUGUUGUUUUGUGACUGUUCAGAAAGAUCUAGGAUCCUUAGCAAAGAAAUGAAUGUUAGUCAAGUGUGAAGGAAACAAGAUCUUAGAAGCUGAGAAAAUUUCCCCCUCAUUCCUUACCAUUUCAGUUUCAGAGCAUCCUGGGGUGACAUUUUAAAAUUUCAUGUAAUUAACCAAAUUCAUUCUAUGUCCCCCCCCCCAUCUCAUGUGCUCAGAACAGCUUUCCUAAAACAGGAGAAAUCAUCAGGACCUUUCUGGGAAGGACAAGCACCCUUUAAGACAAACUAGAUGGUAAUAUUUGCUUUCAUUCUGAGUCCUGAGGGAAGGCAGAUGAAGGGAGCAAAAGUGACCUUCCAGAUCUAAUGUGUAGCCUAGAUUUUGUAGGAAGUGUCAUGAAAGGCGAGUACCCACAUACUGUGUAGCCUAGUAUGGAGUUCACCAAUGUGAUAGUUGGGGCUAAGACUGUCCAUAAAAUUACUAACAAGUGUAGGAUGGGUUGAUGUACCUGGCCUACAGUGAACCAAGGGGAUGAAGGAUUCCUGAUUUUAUUGGAGUAAGAUUGUGUCAUGCUACUCUGUAAACAGUGUUCUUUUGGAUCUGUGGAAGUAGCUUUUAUUUUUAUCUCUUGCAUGCAAUAUUGCACCUUUGCUUCCCUGUUCUUAAUUGUAGUAACCAGUGGCAAGGCAAAGCUAAAAUGGAAGUUUGGCACUUGUUUAGGAAAAGGUAUUAGAUUUAUUUCUGAGAAAUGAGCUCUAUGUUUAGCUAUGUGCUUGCAUCGUUCAGAGAACUGAUUUUUUAAAAUCUGUUCACUCAAGAAGGCUCCCUUUCCCCCAUAAUAUUGACUCAUAUCAUGUGAGCAGUGAUCUCCUUCCUCAGAGGGACUUCCAUCCUGUGUUUCAGUACGUGCAAACCUAUACUUCAUAAUUCAUUCUUGAUUGUUAUGGUCGUAUGCACAGGGAGUGGAUAGUGAUAGGGAAGUGUAAGAGAACAAUAAGCCAGACUUGUGGUUUUGAGUGAGCCACUGAAACAGUGCACUUCCCAUCUCAGGAAAGACAUUCCUAUUUGUUGUUCAGUAACUCAGUCCCCCAAGGAUGAAGAUGGGGAUGCUAUAUGUAGCUCUACCUCCAUUAAAAGUGGGUGCUGUUUAGACAACAAAGACCCAUGCGUGGCUUUUCAUGUUGAGUCAAAAGUUCUGUUGCUUUGCAACUUGAUAUGCACUUAGUCCUUCAUGUGGACUGGCUGUGUGAGCGAACUAUUUUGGGGGAAGAGGAAGGAAGCAGGGAUAACAGCAAAAAAGAUAAUGUUUUUCUUAUAGCAGAUAUUGACUCCACAGGGGAAUUGUUAGGCCCAUGUUCCCAGUUCAUCAAGGAUCCUUGAUGGAGCUUGGGCAAGGGAGGAAAGCAGUAUGGAAAGCCGUUCAAAUUCAGAACACUUCUGUGUGAGCCAUCAUGGCACUGUUCUUCCUCACCCCCUUGUGCCUGAGGUCCUGUCCUGUUUUACCUGGUUUACACUGUACUUCACUGUUGCCUGCUUUGCUGCAUUUUUGACUAUCCACUAAUAAUGUAAGAGCUAGGAUUUUUUUUCUCAUUAUAAGUAUAUGUACUGUGUAUAUAUAGAUAAUCCUCCAUUUAACCAACAAUGGUGCUUUGUAUUAAACAAAGGCAGUGUGGGCCAGUAAUGUAAUCACAUUGUUGAGAAUAAGGAAUGCCUAAAUGCUGUGACCUGCAAACUGCUUAGCUUCCUUUUGAGGAUCUCCUGUUUCCCAGGCCAAAAUAGGGAUUAAAUGUAUGUGUUAAGAGGGUGGGUGAAGAGCUGCUGUUGUGAAAGCAGUUCUCAGUGCUUAAAAACAGCUCUAGUUGUAUUCCCUGUUAAUAUUUCACCAAGACCAGUAGUAGCUUUGAACAAGUUAAGGUUUUGAAGACUCACAAAAAUGAAGCUUGAAGUGGGAAUAUUCUUCCCUUUGUGGCUUUCAUCCCCAGAUUGCUGCAACUAUAGCUACCUUGACUGUCUUUUGUUCCCUGUCACCUGCACUCUCUUGCUGCGCUCAAGAGCUAUAUUGCUUCCUAUUCAUUUAGCUUAUCAGGGGUUCUGAAUAGUUAAUCCAUAACAUAUUUACAGCAUAUAGAGCUAAACCAAUCCCUUUGUCUAUCUAUUUCUGCCCGGCUAUUGUGAUGGACAGUGGUUUUCCUGUAUUAGUGCCAUGAUGUCAUUGUCCAGCAUAGUUUCACUUGCACCUCCUGGUGACUAGCAGAAAUAGAAUACAAAGUAUAUUUAAAAAUAUAUAAAUACGCUAUAGGUGGACUUAACUUGCAUUGCUUAGGCAUCCUGCACAGGAAUGUAAGGUUUGGAUUGCAGUGUUUCAGUUGGAUAGAUCUUCUGAACCACCAAAUACACCCAAUCUUCGUUAAGAUAUAUGUUGUGACAAAGAAGAGUUUCCUUCUAUACUUCAUCUCAGGGUUGGUUCAUGAAAACUCAGAGGGAUUAGGCAAGUAGUUAGUCUAUAUACUACUGCUGCCUCCAUUGGUGGCUCUUAGAGAUGGUACAUACAUAAUAGGACACAGUUUGAGAACAAAACUAAUUUUUUAUUCCCUGGGCUGAAGAUCAGUUUGCCCAAUUGUAAUAAGAAUAUUGAAAGACUAUAAUGCUCAGGUUGAUCUUGUUGAUUUGCUUGACAUUGCUUGGCUGUGUUCUGUAUUUCACAAAUGCUGAGUGGAAUGAACAGAAUACUGUAUUGCAUUUUUUUUUUCUUGGCUGUAUUUCCUCCUUUUUUAUAUCACAAAAUAAAACUGUCUGGGGAUUGCAACAGUUCUUUUCUUGUUAAGGAAGAAAUACACUUAAGAGAUGUUAAGGUCCAAAUUAUUUCUUGUCCCUUAGGGACAUCCCAUAUCAAGCACUGUCCCUGAAUAAAUUCAGAGAACACCUGAAUGGGCAUUACGUUCCUUGCAUUUCAGGGUGGAAGAAACAAUCCUGCCUCAGCUGCUAAAGAAAAAGGAGAUGCCGCUAAUAAGCACAAGGCAGAGUUAUAUUCUCUGGGUGAAAAGGGUGUGUGUAGAACAGAAUGAAUAGAUGGAGGGAGAAGUAGGGGAAGAUGAAAGAAUACAGAAUCCGAAAGAUUCUUUACAGUAAAUAGUAAACUAUGCUUUGUAGAUGGAGAUAUUUUGCAGAUUAAUUUAAAUUUUUCUUUUUGUCAAAUUCAUUCACUUCCUGAUUCCAACAAGCUAGAAACCCAUUCCUGUUUUGCAUAGCACUUAAAAAAUAAUUAUAAGCACAUGCUUUAAAAUUUAAGUAGUCUCAUACCAUGGUCUCUAGCAUGAGCCAUUUUAACCCCCUUAUUGUUUGCCUCACCUCUUAUGUGUGUUGUUUCUUUCAGGCUCUUGGAGAAACAGCUAUUACAUGCAAUGUUUCCAGGCACAGUAAUGACUUGCAGGAAUCAGUCUGUGUCAUUAAAUAGUAUAGCAGAGAAUAUUUACUCAGAGGGCAGCACAGUUCUGCUGAACCUCUUACAUCAAAUCUUUCAGUGGCCGUUUCUUCAAAAUUAAAUGUAUUUCAGAAUGGGGUAACAUUCAUGCAUUAUCUAGGAAGAAGCUCUCUGAAGUUGUAUCAGUAUCUGUGAAGCAGCCAUCAGCGCUGCUGCAAUGGUGCUUUUCCAUUAAGGCAAAUAUUGUAGUAAAGGAUCUGACCUAUGGAAACUGCUGUAAGUAUACUAUGAAAUGAGUGGUAGAUUGCUCUGUGGUGUUCAUAGGGCCUUUAAGUGGUAAUGCAGCCCUUUAAUCUGGUGGUAAUGAGGUGGUUUUAAUUCAGAGGAUACAUUUUAGUCAUAGGAUCUAAAAUGGGAAAGGCAGUGCAAAUAUAAAAAAGCAAGAAGACACUGAGCUGGGUGAAUGUUCUCUGAAUAUUUUCUAAGACGAAUUGGGAUUCCUAAGGAAUUCAAAUGUGCUUCAUGAUAGCUACUUGUUACACCUUGAGAUAAAUAUAUCUAACAAUGACUUUGGUGAAGUUCUAGAUACUUUUCUACCCAAAAACCUUUGGGUCUAUCCCAAAACCACUUAAUAUAUCAUGUUGUUGUCUUUUGUCAGUUCUCUGGAAGAAAAGCCUGCCAUUUUAAUAUAGAUAAUUGCAAGGAGGUACAGAAUUGGUGCUUGCUCCUCAUUUUGCGUCCACCAUUUAUACUUGCCAACAUCAGGCCUCAACACUGAAAGUUCUGAUGAUGAUUCCUCAAAUAAUUUAUGAAUAUUUGUGGCCCCUUUUAACAUAUGAGUGUUUUUCAAGGCAACUGGGGUACUCAGUUUGGCCUUUCAAAACUCAGAUAUUUGAGUGCUUCAUUAGAAGCCUGUGCAUUCAAUUUUUGCAAAGUUGAGGCCUCGUUCUAAAUCCUGUAAAAGUGUGAGUUGAAGUUUCUGUGUUCUUGCCUCAUGGCAUACAAAAUAGGCUUUAAAACCAAUAGCUAAAUAUAUAUCUGGUAACUUUUUUAUUUUGGAAAAUAUGCAUUUAAUGAAAUAAUUGUGCACGAAUGAAAUGUUAUCUAUUAUUAUUAUUGUCUUAUAAUUCUUCAUUUUUAAAUAUAGUGUUUGCAUUUGCUUGGUUGCUUUUUAAAUCCAGUUCUCAGCUGGCUAAACUAUCUAGAUUGGAUGGAUAGGAAGUGUUGUGAGGUGGGUGAUUUAAUCACCCCUCCCACUGGCAUUUCCAUCAGGAAAAUGGCUUGCUCCAGGUUUUGCAGGGUGGGGUGCUAAUUACUCUCGUAUCCUUGUACAUUUUGUUCUUUCUGCUGCUCUUGAGUAUUGUAUCAAUGCCAGAAAUGGGGAGUUAAAAAGAUGGACCCCAAUAAAUUGUUACAUUCCAAAGCUG